AUGAUGGACUACUUGGUUAGUUGCGGCUUGCCGGCUGUCAAGAACCACUCCUUGCUGCUACACAUGCCCGCUCCGCAUCGGCCACCAGACCGGGACAGAGAGAAGCCAGCAGAAGCUCCCGACGAGCUGCUUGAAUCACCGGCAUUAGAAGAGCGACGUUUGCUUUUCUUGGACGUGGAUGGAGUGCUGCAUCCUCUGCAGGUGCGAAUGCUUGAGCAGACUCAGAAGGUCGACACAUCGCACUGCUUCCAGGGGACCUGUAUGCAGGAGCUUCGUCGAGUCGUGUCCACAACAGGGGCGCAGAUCAUCCUCAGCUCGUCUUGGCGCAAGUUUGAGAAGACCCGCAACAUGCUUCUAGAGGAGUUGGCAAAAUAUGGGCUCUCAUUCCGAGAGUGGACCACCGUGGCAGGGGGCGAGGGCAGCGAAGCCCGGGUCGACCAGAUCUUGGCUUUCGUGACCGCCUCGGGCGUAGACUCCUGGGCUGUCGUGGAUGACGAGGAUCUGGCACCCAGCAGUUCGCUCAAAUCAGAGGGCAUGAUGAAGUCCUUGUUUCGACAGCAUUUUGUUCGUACGGAUGCGUCGCAGGGUCUUGAUGCAAAGGCAGCAGAUGCGCUGAUACAGCUACUUUGCGAGUCGUGA